AUGCAAGCGUCUAACCCCACUAAUUCGAAGGCCUUGAAACGAAAUUUGCGUAGGAAGUUACGGCGAACUAAGAAGGUGAAGCUUGGAAAACAGACCAACCCGUCAAUGGAUAAUGAAAUCACCCCUAGCACCAACGAUGAUAUCAAUCAUAAUGAUUGUGAAGGCGAUGAUAGUGACAAACAAAAAGAAAUAUUUUAUAACCCUCAAAAGCCUGACACUUUCACCCUUAAACUUAGUGCUCUUUCUAACUCCCAGUUAGAUAUACUUUCGAAUGCUAGUCGUAGUGAAUUAUACGAAAACAAUGAUACCUAA